AUGGAGGAUCAGGUGGCCGCCGCCGGUGAUGUAGGGACGGCGAGUACUAACGAGAGAGUGUGUUAUGUUCACUGCAACUUCUGCAACACAGUUCUAGCGGUGAGUGUGCCAAGCAGCAGCAUGUACACAAUGGUAACAGUGAGAUGCGGGCAUUGCGCCAAUUUGCUGUCAGUCAACAUGGGAAACUUCAUGGGAGCCCCACCAUCGUCAACACCAACUCCUUCUCUUUACCCUAAUAAUAAUAACAACAUCUUCCUCCCCAAUUCUCAACCAAACGCUGCAGCUGCUACUGCCGCCCUUCUCCCCCGUGAACACCACCAGUCGCCAUUGGAGGCGGAGAAGGACCAGUUAGGGUUUGAGGAAGGGCUAGGAAACACCAACGUUAAUAACAACUCAUCAUCGAAAGACCGUGGCGGCUCGACGUCCGGAUCAUCUUCUUCGUCCAAGUACAGCAGCAGCGGCAGCAGCAACAACAACAGCGGCAAGCAGCAGCAGCAGCAGCAGCAGGUGGUGGCGUCUCCGCCGUUACCUGCUCCGCCGCCGCAGUCGUUGGAGUAUAGUUGGGUGGAUGAUCAUCAUCUCCACGAACCUCCUAGGCUCCCUCCCAUCCGCCCUCCAGAGAAGCGACAGCGGGUUCCUUCUGCAUAUAACAGGUUCAUCAAGGAGGAGAUCCAAAGGAUUAAAGCAAGUAAUCCUGAAAUCAGCCACAGAGAAGCUUUCAGCACCGCAGCUAAAAAUUGGGCACAUUUCCCUCACAUCCACUUUGGGCUGAAGCUGGAAGGGAACAAGAACAAGCAUGCAAAACUAGGAGAUCACCACCACCACCACCAUUUUCACCAUCAUCAAAAUCAGCAACCAUAUGGAGGAUCAUCUGCAAAUAAUGAUGAUAAUAUAAUCAAUGAUCAUAACAUUGGCACAUUACUCAACCAUCACAAGAAAACUCCAAACAACAGCAGCAGCAAUGAUAAUGGGUUUUAUCAUGAGCUCAAUGGCUCCAUGUGA